AUGGCAGAGGGAUUUGAACAGUACCACAAUCCCAACGCCACCGGCCAGAGUUUGUCCCUUACUCUGUCUUCGAGCCACGGCGGCGACCUGAAUCUCCCGCCGGAACUGAAUCUACAGAAGUACGAUUUCGGUCCUUGCAGACCCGGAUUCGGCCCGAUUGAGUUCUCGAAGAGUACGGUUCCUUUAGGGCCCUUCACGGGCUACGCCUUUGUUUUGAAGGGAUCGAGGUUUUUGAGGCCCGCCCAGCAGCUGCUGGAGGAGCUUUGCGAUAUGGGUCGGGUCGUUUGUUUGGAUAAAAUCGGUCCAGACCCGGGAUUGCUGGAUCCUCCGCCGCUGGAUAACUUAACAGGGGUUGGGAUUAUGGAUGAUAGCAGCGAUGGGGGCGAGCAGAAGAAGAAAUCGAGGUUACUUUCUAUGCUCGACGAGGUUUACAAGAGGUACAAGCAAUAUUACCAACAAAUGCAAGCAGCCAUAGCUGCAUUCGAGUCAGUUGCCGGUUUAAGCAAUGCAGCACCUUUUGCUAACCUAGCCUUAAAGUCAAUGUCCAAACAUUUCAAAUGUCUGAAAAACGCCAUAACCGAUCAACUACAGUUCUCGUCAAAAUCUCACGGCAAGACAAAUUCCGACAGAAACGAAACUCAGAGGCUCGAAAGUUCCGGAAAGGGCUCUUACGGCCUGCAGAGGCCGUUUGGUGCCGGAUUUAUGGACCCGCCCGUGUGGCGCCCACAGAGAGGCCUUCCAGAACACGCUGUCACAGUUCUUCGUUCUUGGUUGUUCGAGCAUUUUUUACAUCCUUACCCGACAGAUACCGACAAGGUAAUGCUGGCGAAACAGACGGGCCUCUCUAGGAACCAGGUUUCGAAUUGGUUCAUAAACGCAAGAGUGCGGCUAUGGAAGCCGAUGGUCGAGGAGAUACACACGCUCGAGACACGUCAGCAAGCCCAAAACUCAUCCGAACAAUCUCCCAACAACAGCAGCAAUCGACCGGUCGAACACGAGAAUCGUUCCAAACGCAACCGAGAAGACAAAACUGAGACCCAACGACCAAACCAUGGCCCGAUAAAAUCGCCUUACGACAAUUUAUUGUCUAAUAAUAAUAAAAAUUAUAAUAAUAAUAAUAAAAGCAAUAAUCAUCAGUUGCAUGUUGGCAUAGGCAGCUCAGGAGGGAACAGCGGGGUUUCCCUGACUUUGGGCCUUCACCAAAAUGGGCCGGCCCUGCCGGAUUCGUACCCGAUCCAUGCAGCCCGUCGGUUGGGACUCGACUCGCAGACCGGUGACGAGUACGUGGUGAGUGGGUUCACGGCACAAGAUUCGAGGUUUAGAAGGGAGGUCAUGGACGGGCAGCAGAUUAUGCAUGAUUUUGUUGGUUGA